AUGGACAGCAGCAGCAGCAGCAGUAGUAGUUCAGAGCUGGACGACAACGAUGAGCUCAAUCUCAGCGAGGAGGGCAGUGUCAACGAACACCCACUGCAAUGGCAUGGCGACCACUGGGACGAGCUACUUGACUACGAGAGCCCGUACGUUGACACGUGGGAUGGAGAAGACUGGAUGUACACGCACCUUCAACUGGGCGACAGGAGCGUGUCCAAUGAGCAACUCUCCACCAAUCCUGACGCUCAACAUUGGCUGCAGAAGCUUGGUAAUUUGUCACGGGAAGACUUUCCUUCCCUCAAGUUUGCACCAGGCCAUUAUCGUCCAGCGAAGGUCCCUUUGUUCAGAGAUGAGGACACUGGCGACGAGUACCAAAUCCUUGUCAACCUUUCUGACGAUUUGAUCUAUGUCAGCUGCCCACUCGACAUAGUUCCAUUCAACGAGAGGGCCAGGCCUCUGAGUGUGGUCAUCUACCAAGGGGAACCCUCAGAAGGCACGCAAGGGGAUCCCGAGCUUCCGCGGUUCGUUAUACCACUUGGCCCACUGGCAGUCCGUAGCCAAUUCCGCUUCGCGGAUUCACAAAAGCCUUCCAAUCCCCGAACGGAGUUGACAGACUACCAAGUUGUCAUUGAUGCAGAGGAUGACUCCAUGCCUGUCUGGCUACUUUGCUCACGGAGGACAUUGAUCGAACGCCACAAGGGAUUCAACGGGCGCAACCCUCAGCUUCCCAUCUUCAAGGGGCUGAUGCAAUAUGAGGAAAUCGGUUACGAUGCUGCGUGCAUGCUGAGUUCUGUACACCGUCUUGGAGAUCGGCUCAGCUUUGAGGAGACUUGCGAUAUGGUCCGCAGGACUCGUGCUAAUGUGGAUCCAGUGAAAAGACAUGCGACGGUGGAAAAGAUGGAGGAGCUCAUUGGGGUUCCAGUCCCGGAAAGCUUCGACUAG